CUGCACAACCAGAAGUGGUGACCGCACCCUGAGAAAGAUUAUGGAGAAGGGCCGAUUCCAGACCUUGGGGGACUUGCAGAAACAGUGGACUGAGUCUGGAGUAAGACAUCCAGAGCCACCGUGCACUAGCGUGUGCUGGAAAUGGGCUACAGGUGCCGUAUUCCCCAGGUCAAGCCACUUUUGAACCUGAAACAGCGGCGGGAAGCGCCAGACCUGGGCUACAGAGAAGCAGCACUGGACUGUUGCUAAGUGGUCCAAAGUACUUUUUUCAGAUGAAAGCAAAUUUUGCAUGUGAUUCGGAAAUCAAGGUGCCAGAGUUUGGAAGAAGACUGGGGAGAAGGAAAUGCCAUAAUGCCUGAAGUCCAGUGUCAAGUACCCACAGGCAGUGAUGGUCUGGGGUGCCAUGUCAGCUGCUGGUGUUGGUCUACUGUGUUUUAUCAAGGGCAGGGUCCAUGCAGCUAGCUAUCAGGAGAUUUUGGAGCACUUUAUGCUUCCAUCUGCUGAAAAGCUUUAUGGAGGUUAAUUAUCCUGCAUGUACACUUUUUGCUGGGGACGGGACAUUGAUAAAACCAAACAGAUUGGGUGAACAGGGGUCAGGCAUGGGCGGGGUUUGACUUUUGUGGCGGCGGGGCAAUACAUGUUGAUUACCCCGAAAUUCAGUGUCAGCAAUAAAAUUAACUUACAAGAUAUAUGCUCGGAUGGUAGCUUAGCCUAUGCUCGUACAUACUGGCAUCCCAGCUGUGUGUGUGUUUGCGUGCGAGUGUGAGCGCAUGCGUUUUUCUGUCUUACCUAGUGGAGAAGUAGACGCAGCAUCCUUUUUGACUGAAUAUUCCAGCCAGAAUCUGUCCUCAGGUGGUUUUGACUAAGCAAAGCAAAUGGCUGUCUCUAAGGUGGCAGUCACAUGAUGUGUUCGAAAAAUAAUUUUGACCCAUUCUAAAAAUAUAUGUUUUGUUCAUUUUAUUCAUCUUUGUUGUUUGUUUUAUUGCUUUACAACUUUUAUAGACAAUAGUUUACUGGCAGUCUUGUUAUUAAAUUAAUAUAUAGGAAAGUCAAUUACAUGCAAUGACAUUUUCGGCCACUAGGGGGGCAAUGACCCCCAGCCCCCCCUAAUCUCCGCGUAUGGGGUCAGGGCUACAUUUCUCAUGAUAUGAGCCUAAUUAAUUGAUAGGCUAAAUGAUCAAUGCAAAAUAAAUCUUUAUUGACCUUCAUUAACUUUCAUAUGUAAUGGUUCAGGUGAUACACCGAUUCAAACAUUUUGGAAACUUCCAGAAUAAAUGUCUGGACUUUAUUAGCAAAAUUAAAUUGAAAUAUUUGAACAUAAAUUAUAUUAACACAUACAAUAACUACAAACUGAAUAAUAACUAUCCAGGAAUGCAAAAAUUAAACAUUUGUCUGAAGACCACUCAACAUUCAUUCAUUUUCCAUGCCGCUUUUCCUCACGUCGUCCGUCUAAAUAAAGAAAUUAAGUAUAACUGAAAAAAGGUAAAACAUUAUCCCUUUUGUCCACAAGUGCAGCCAAACUCAACAAAACAUUUAAGACCAUAUAAAUAAAAUAAAAAUGAAACUUGGAGAAAAAGGGGGUAAACCUCGGUUCACUACAUUUCUUACAGUUUAAUUAACGCAGUGCUUCUCAAUUAUUUUCUGUUACGCCCCCCCAAGGAAGACGUAAAUGUUUCGCGCCCCCCCCCCCAACUCUCUGCCGCCACUGUAAAUAGUAUCAUUCGUCUAUAUUACUAUUAUAAGUACGCCUCAGCCUAACAUUGUGUCCUUUUUUUUCUAUUAAAGAAAAAAAGUAACAUAGAUCAACUUAUAAUAAAGUAUAACUUUUUUAACAUUGUGUUGCUUGUAACAGAAAAGACUUAACGCGCAUCAAUUUGCCUGAAGUUAAAAAAAAAAAAAAAAAAAAGUCACAUCCAAACUGUAAAAAUACACUCAAGGUACAUUUUUGACCAUUUGAUACUGAAAAAGAAAAUGUAAUAAAAUCAGUAAAUAAUAACAAAUUCAAAUUGAUUAGAAACAUUUACUCUUCAGGACAACAUGCCAAAAAAUUUGACCGAAAAAAAACAAAACUGAGUAGAAGGGGGGGGGAGUCUUUGGACAGAAGGAAAGUUUUUAUUUUCGCUGAUUCACCACAGUGCUCACUGGUUUACUGAUAUAACACUGACAAAGCGGGACGAUUGUGACAAUUGGCAAUAUUCGGCACAUUUUCGCUGAAAAACAAUCAAGCAGCUUAUCAAUGAGAUUGAGGUCUAAUGUCUUUAAGUGGCGUCUUAACUGAUUUGGCUUCUCCGCUAUAAUCAUUUUUAGACUCAGUAAACAGUGGUCUUUCCUCAUUUCCCACUAUAUUAAAAGUCAAAGGCAAACGGCCCGAAAAAAGCGCAUUCUCGGCGGCCGAGGGAGAACCGUAGGUGAGGGCGGUGGUCGUGACGAUCCCAAGCCGAAAACGGCACUUCUCGGCCGGACACGUGAGAACCGAAGAAGACAGUGGGUCGCUGCGUGAGUCCAGCUCUGCAUGAGUCUCUUCCGUGUACUCUUGCUUACUUCAAAAAUACUGCACGCACUUUGAAAAUGAGAGCGCCACUGCCACCCACGGAGUGGAUGUGCAAGUACACUUUAUUCUAUCUAGAACGGCAAAAAAAAAAAAAAAAAAAAAACAUGUUCCCCGAGGUCACUCGCGCCCCCCCUGGCAUCGCUCUGCACCCCCCUGGGGGCCACCAUUUGAGAAGUACUGAAUUAACGUUAACAGUAUAAAGCACACACAGGAGGACAGUUCUCUCGAAACAGGUACCUACUUGAGUUUUGCAGGUUAGCAUGUUAAUGUUAUGCUAACUCUGAUGCAGGUCAGAGUUUUAGUGGCAAAAUUAGUGGUGGGUUCCCCACCUCCACAUUAUUGAUGUCUUUUUACAUACAGUGGCGGCUGCUACUGGACAAAAAAACUUCUAAUAUCCCUCCUCUUCAAAGGGGGCGGAGGAGGCGGCAUGUUGUCGACAUGUAUUUCUGUUGGGGCUGUGAGUGUGUGUGUGUGGAGGGGGGGUAGUCAAGUCAUCAGCCAAUCAAACGUGUGUUUGAGGGGGGAAAUGGACUGGCACAUUCAGAAAGUGAAAAGGGGUAAUAAAUAAAUAAAAAUAAUUCACUUAAUAAUGGGAGGGUCAAUUCUAUCCUUACAACAUAUGGGAAGACAAUCUAAGUUACCUAUACAACUGAAGUCAUUAUAUAAUGCAAAUAAGGUUGCUUAAAAGUUGGUGUGGACAAUUUGACCAUCCUGAAAAGUAGGUAAUGUUAUGUCCCUACCGUCCCAAAGCAAACCUAUGCCCUUGAUCUUAACUCAUUCACUGCCAGCCUAGGUCACAGAGUAUGUGUUGUGGUAGUUAGUAUGAGAGAGAAAUUCAUAUUGAAAACACCUAUUGACGGCAAUAGACGUUCAAUCUAUUUCAGUUACUUCAGUUGAAAUGUAUUGGACGUCUACUGCCGUCAAUGGCAGCCAAAGAGUUCAGCUGUGUGAAGUCACAAGAGAUUUAUAAAAGAACAUUUAAAUCUAUGUCUUUAUUCUUUUUUUUCCCCACAAUUUAUUACAUUUUGUCAUGAUUCAUUUUUUAAAGUUUUAAUUUUUGUAUUUAGAAUUAUUUAUAUUUUUUAUUACUCAUUCUUUUUUAAGUAGUUUAAAAAAUAUAAUAUAUAUAUACUUAUUGCUAUUUAAAUAUUUGAUUUGUUCCCACCAAAAUAGAUCCUUCAACUAAUUCAUAUUCAUGCUUUCACUGUCAACUGCUGCUACUUCACUUCAAUUAUUUGCACUGCCUGAACAUACGACAACCUCAUAUACAGUAUAUUUUAUAUUUAUUUAGAUUUUAUACUUUGUUCUUGCAAGCCACUUUCAAGAUGUUUUACUUGUCCUGCACUGUAAAGAGAGAUGCUCCACAAUUUCGUUCUGGGGGGGAGGACCGGCGUCGGUGCUCAUGAAGCUGGCAGACCACAAGACCAAGACUGCCCUGCUUAACCAGCGCCGCCACCUGAAAGAGUCGAAGAUUUUUUUGAAUGACAACUUGACCCGCCGAAAUGCCGAAAUUGCAAGAAAAGCACGUCAACUCAAGAAAGCUGGGAAAAUAGCCAACACCUGGGUCUCGGAUUGCAGGAUCCUUGUCAAGAUGCAAGAUCUGAAGAUUAAAGCUAUUACGAGUCUUGACCAACUGAGCUCAAAUUAAUGAUGACAUCAACGGCGGGAGUCUCUACAAGAAUCUUGAACACAUUAAGGAUUAUCUACUAAAGGAUGGCAGAAGAAGACCCCAUGUCAUGUGACUGUUUUGUUUCAUUGCCCCCUGGCUCUCUUGAUGAUCACGUCAUUUUUGGGAAGAACUCUGACCGUCCCCGGGAUGAGGUGCAGGAAGUGGUCCAUUACCUCUCCACAUGCCAUCCCCCGGGCACCAUGUUGGAGUGUACGUACAUCCAGAUUCCUCAGGUAGAGCGGACACAUGCUGUCAUUCUUAGUAAACCAGCUUGGAUGUGGGGAGCUGAAAUGGGAGCCAACGAUCAAGGAGUAUGUAUAGGGAAUGAGGCAGUCUGGACUCGAGAGGCUAUCGCUCCUGGGGAGGCUUUGCUUGGCAUGGAUCUUGUGAGGCUAGGCCUGGAGCGUGGCAACAGUGCAUAUGAAGCGCUUACUGUCAUCACUGACCUGCUUCAGCAGCAUGGACAAGGGGGUCAGUGCAGAGAGGAUCCAGAACCCUUUAGCUACCAUAACACCUUCCUUCUGGUAGACCGACAUGAAGCCUGGGUGCUGGAAACAGCUGGAAGACUGUGGGUAGCACAGAAGAUAUCAGAGGGAGUGACAAACAUCUCCAAUCAGUUGACCAUCGGCACUGAGAUUUCCGCAGAGCAUCCGGAGCUGCGGAGCGUGGCCCAGGAACAUGGCUGGUGGGAUGGUGAAGGAGAAUUUAACUUCUCACAAGUCUUCAGCCCUGAGAAGCAACCGGUCAGGAUGGAGCUUGCCAAAAAGCGCUAUCAGGGAGGUGCGGAGCUACUACGUCAACAUGAAGGCUCCGUGACAGCAGAGGUGAUGAUGUCUAUUUUGAGGGACAAGUCCAGUGGCAUCUGCAUGGACUCGGGCGGGUUUUGCACCACUGGCAGUAUGGUGUCUAUACUGCCCAGAGAUACUAGCCUGCCAUGCAUCCAUUUCUUCACUGCUACUCCAGACCCCUCCCGGUCCAUAUUCAAGCCUUAUAUCUUCACUGAGGACUACACCCCUGUGCUUCGAGUGGUAUCCCCUCACUUUGGUUCUGAUGAUCCUGCAAGGAAGCAGCCACGCUUUCAGGAGCAGGUGGACCGCAGACAUGACCUUUAUAAGGCUCACCAAGAGGCACUAGAUACCAUGAAGAAUGAUCCGGAUAAGGGCUUAGCUAUCUAUGAGAUACUGAGGGAACUCGAGGCACAAUGCCUGAGUGAGAUUUCAUCCAUGUUGAGUGGGGAGAUACCAGGCGAUGAACUGGGAAACUUGUUUUUUGACUGUGUGGACACUGAGAUCAAGUUCUAUCAAUGACAGGUGGGAUAAAUAGUUAGCAUUUUUUCCAAAAUUAUUAUCACACUUAAAAAUUGGCCCUGUACGACAACUUUCCUAAUAGUUUUUAAAACCUGGAAGUUUAUAAUCAAUUAACUGUGGGUGUUUAGUUUUAAGUGAAUCUAAUGAAAUGACUUAAAAUUGUUUUGAUAUUUUCUCCCAUCAAGUUGGAAUAAUUAGAAAGGUCACUGUGGUGCCCGUGGAUUAUUCUCUGCAUGUACAUGAAGCUGUAUGAUCAAUUAUUUUUUUCUACAGCGGUUUCAACUGCUCAUUCCCAGUAAUUAGAUAGUUUCAAGAAAGGCUGUGACGGGAUACAUGGACUGUUUCUUCUCUAAAUUGCCUCUGCAUCACCUUACACACCGCUAAUACCAUUAUGACAUUAAUAACACUCAUUGUGGAAAAUGCGUCUGAUCAUUAUUUUGACCUCGGGACAAAGACCUCAGCAGCAUUAAUAAUGGUAUAAAUGGUACAUGCACUAAUGUAGCAGUGGUUUUGCACUUUAGUAUUUUAUGGAAUAUCUUUCAAGCGUGAUUUGUUGUUCAACACAAAAGAUUGUAAUGCGUUGGCUACAUGAACGAGUUGAAAUAAAGAGUGUUUAGAAUGGGAUCUGUUUGUGUUCAAAUUGUCAUUGGCAACUGAGAGAGCUAUACACAUUCAAGAAAAUCAGCUACAUUUACACUCACAUUAAAUUUUAUGAACAAUUUAGAUUAGCAUUCAAUCAAGAUAAAGUGACUAUUUCUACGUGAAAGAAAAUCACAAGAAAAUCACAUAUAUAUGGAAAAUGCCCCAUUUUUUUGCUGUUCAACUGUACAUAGCAGGUUAAACAUAAAUUUUGUGAUAAAAAUUGUGAUAGGUUUGGCAAGGUAUCUUUAAAUUAAAGUAACAACCUAGAAACAAAUACGAUCUACUACAUCUAUCGCCGUCAGUGGCAGUAAAACAUGAUCACUAAGUUCUAGCUAUCCCAGUUGAAAUGUAUUUGAUGUCUAUCAAUGUCAAAUGUACAAUGGCUUAAGCAUAGUUUGAAU